GGAACGUACAGAGACACCGCGUUAGCACGUAGGUCAAGUUACGAUACUCAGCGCGCAUUCAGUUCGCGGGGAGCGCUCGUGCAGUGCGCGUUGUUGUCCCGUGUUCCUCUAGAUGAUUGAUCACGUGGGAAGCAUUGCGCCGAGUUUUCGCGAUUCCGUGGUGGAGAAGGGCCGAGGGAAAGGGAAUAAAUGUGUGCGAGUCCGUAAUGGACAACCCUAGCGGCGGAAGAGAUAGUCGGUACGCAAGUCUUGGGUACAGCAUGGGGAUGAUAGGCAGCGACGCUGGCUCGGAAAUGUACGGCCGACCGUCCACCUCCCAGCUUACAACUUCUCAAAUAAGCCGCAGUGGCGCCACUAUGAUGGCCGCGGCAGCUGCUGCAGGCGCACCAAACGCCGGCGUUGGAUCCGUACAGAGGGGUAUCAAGAGGACCACAUCGGACGUUUGUUACGAUGACAAUAAUGCAAGGCAAGCACUUUCGCAACAGCAAGGCAUGUCGAUGUCCGGUGAUUGUGUCCCUGACAAUCUCGAGGAAUCGUUUACCAGUUUGGGUCAACCGAAAAAGUCACCCCCCUCGAACGGCAAGAAGACCAAAGGACGGGUUAAAAUUAAAAUGGAGUACAUCGACAAUAAGCUACGCCGGUAUACAACCUUCUCGAAAAGGAAAACUGGAAUCAUGAAGAAGGCGUACGAGCUGUCGACGCUGACGGGUACCCAAGUGAUGCUGCUUGUGGCCAGCGAAACCGGCCACGUGUACACAUUCGCGACACGGAAGUUGCAGCCGAUGAUAACCAGCGAGGCCGGUAAGGCAUUAAUCCAGACCUGCCUGAACAGCCCGGACCCACCGGCUUCCGGUUCGUCCGGCGACCAGAGGAUGUCCGCGACCGGCUUCGAGGAGACCGAACUGACCUACAACAUAGCCGACGACGAGCAGAAAGAGGAUGGCACUUCGCCUAGGUCGGACGUUUGCCCGAACGAAAGCGACGGAGACACCAGCGACGGUGAUUCCCCAGUGUCGAAGGAUCUUUCGAAAAAUCACUCCGGUAUAAUGUACCAGAUGCCACAGACAGUGAUUUACUCGCCGAGUCCAGGGGUUCUGCUCGGUAUCGGUCAAAACGGUCAGCCAGUGCAAAUCUCUCAAGAAGGAGGCACGAUAAACCAGUCGAAUUCGUCCCAGAGUAAUCAACCGUUCAUCACGAUACCAUUGAACGUAGCGAUGAGCGCAGCGGGUUUGUCGCUUCCUGUUACAUCCAGGAUGAAUAUGUCGCCGACCACCACGUCCUCCUGUGAUCAGCCAUCGGACUUGACCAAAGAUCGCGACUGAUAAGAUCGAUCGUCGAAAUCAUUCUGGAACUGUAACGAAUAACGACCCGAUGGAUCGUUAAAAGGGACGUCCUUUUCAGUUUGACACUGGCUACCGUGACGACGCGACGCGCAAAUGUUAAGUCUGUAACGUGGAACUUUUUCUAGAGCGACGCAACAGAUUCUUCUUUUUUUUUUUAAUCACUCGUGGAUGCGUGUAGAUACGAUACCCGCUAUGUUUGAAUUUAUCGAUUAACGAAAAAUACUUUGAUUCUAGCAGUAGUCGGUGACCGACGGUAAGACGCGUCCAGAGGGUGACGUUCCUCGCCAUCUGUAUUUCUCGCGAAUGUAUUUAAUGUCUUCCCUUUUCGAAAUUUUUUUCUUUUUACCAUGGAUCCAUCGAAUGCAGAGGUGCAACUUUUGAUGCAACGUCGAUUCAACGAAUUUUUUAACACGUUGAAUGCUACAGGUGGGUUACGAGAUUUAAAUUUAAUAUGAAUGAUAUAUCGGUCAACGUGUUUAACUCUUUCCAGGAAAAAUUCUUACGUUUUCUGAGCUAAAUAAAUGGUACCCUGACGUAUAUUUCUUUGCAGCAUUCAACGCGUUAAUUGUACUAAAAUAUUGAAUUUAAAGAAUAUUUUCGUUACCAACGUUCGACCGAUUCUCGUGCAAUACUAGUCAAACUUUUAGCCCAACGAACGUUCCACGAAGCAACAUUUCACAAUUUUUUCCUCGACAAUCGAGGCGUUUUAGCGUUCGUAAAUUGUUAUUAGAAUCGUUUAGAGACACGUUUUUAUCGGUGGAAUUUAUCGAGGAAAUUUUGUACAAUCAUUUUGCAAAAUAAACUCAGACCGGUGUUAUUCGAUCGUUAAAUCGUUUCGUAGAUCCUCGACAUUCUAGUUGUUGAGAGAUUUUUUUAGGAGAUUCGAAGGGCGAUGAUUACUUCUUAAUAUUACAGGGUGCUUUUAAAACGAAUAAUGCAAGUUGUCACUGGAGUAACUAGGGUGAGGCCAGGGUGAAAAUAUGUAGACUGGUUCGUUCACCAUUCUACAGUUUUAAGAUUCUAAAAUUCCAGAAUCUCAGAUUUCUAAAAUUUCAGAAUUCCAAAUUUCUAUAAAAUCCUAGUUACGCCAAUGCAGGUUCUUCUUCCUUUCAAUCGUAGAGAUGAUAGCCGAUAUAUUUUUUAAUACUGCGAUCAACCAAUGACAUUUGGUUCGCCUUUCUAAUUGUACACCGAAUUCCUAUUCAUUAGCUCAUCGGUGAAAUAAUUCAUCUCGAAACAACGAUCGAUGAAUUAUUAGAAUUUUUCUUAAUUAAACAAUCGUUCGGCUUGCGUGAUGGAAACACGUUUCGAGAUCAACUGAUCAAUCGAACAGAAGAAAGUGAUGAUAGUGACAAUUUUAAUUGGUCGUUUAAGUGAUAAACACGCAUUAUUAUCGACUAUAUACUAAUAUAACAGUAUUUUUAAUCCUACAAUCUCUAUUUUACACGAUAUGGAAAUAAAUUAUCAGCUUCUGAUAAAUAACACGCGAAGAAUUUGUACCUUCUUUUUUUUUGUAAUAAAUAUUACCUAUGAUUUUAUAAUACAUGGAUGGUACUAUCGAUCGAAUUCGGCAAAGAUAUACUUUUAAUAAUAAAUUAAUUUACAUUUAAAAGUUUGUAGAAGCUGAAGAGUUUAUACAAAAUUUUGUAUAGGCUGUUAGAAGAGAAUAAGAUUUGUAAUACGAAUGAUAGUUCGAUCCGUGUAAAAAAAAAAGCUAAAAUUGAUA